AUGAGUCUGAUACUACUGGCUAUUCCAACGAUAUUCAUUGGAUUUAUUAGCUACUACCUCUGGAUAUGGACGUACUGGCGUCGACGUGGAAUCUCUGGCCCCCUCGGUUACCCAAUCGUCGGAAGUUUCCCAAAAACCCUCAAAUCGGAAUAUCCUCAAUACUUGCAAAUAAGGGAUUGGACUAAACAAUAUGGUUCAGUAUUUGGAUAUACAGAGGGAACAAUCAGAACAUUGGUAGUAUCGGAUAGUGACUUGGUUCAUGAAUUAUUUGUGAAACAAUAUGAUAACUUUUACGGACGGAGGUUGAAUCCAAUUCAAGGAGAUCCGGAGAAAGACCCAAGAACCAAUUUGUUUUCGGCACAAGGAUUUAGAUGGAAGCGAUUGAGAGCAAUUUCAAGUCCUACUUUUUCCAAUAAUAGUUUGAGAAAAAUCAACCUAACCGUUGAAGACAGUGCACUCGAAUUGCUGAGACAUAUCGAGGAGCAGACUAGCGUAGGAGAGCAGAUUGACAUGCUACAAUUCUAUCAAGAAUUCACAAUGGAUGUCAUCGGGCGUAUUGCAAUGGGGCAGAAUGAUUCUCAAAUGUUCAAGAAUCCCUUGUUGAAUUUUGUGAAAGCGAUAUUCGGAGACAAUCGAAAACACAUCCCUCUUAUUGGCGGUGUCUUCCCAUCAUUCGCCCAGCUCUUCCGUUUCUUCAUGCUCAAACUUCCAUUCCUUGGAGCAGCGAAUUUUAUUCAUGUCAAUAACACUAUGAUAGCAGCAGUGAAUAAUCGAAUCGCUCAGAGAGAAAAUGACGCGAAGAAUGGAAUGGAAAUAGGGGAGCCUCAGGAUUUUAUUGAUUUAUUUUUGGACGCAAGAGCUGACGAUGUGGAGCAUUUUGGGGAGAAUAACGGGGACUUCUCGAAGAGUUCUAGUUAUAGCAAUCGCCAACUCACAACCUCCGAGAUCGUUGGUCAAUGCAUCGUCUUCCUCAUUGCCGGAUUCGACACCACUGCCCUAUCUCUAUCUUACUCCACAUUUCUGCUAGCAACUCAUCCAGAAAUUCAAAGUAAAUUGCAAGAAGAGGUGGAUAGAGAAUGCACCAAUCCGGAAAUCUCAUUCGAUCAACUUUCGAAACUAAAGUAUAUGGAUUGUGUGAUUAAAGAGACAUUAAGACUCUAUCCGCUGGGAACUUUAGCAAACUCCCGACGAUGCAUGAGAGCUACAAAAUUGGGAGACGUGGAAGUGGAAGUUGGGACGACGGUUCAAGUGGAUACAUGGUCUCUCCAUACAGAUCCAAAAAUAUGGGGAGAUGAUGCAAAAGAGUUUAAGCCAGAAAGAUGGCUCUCCGCAGACUCUGAUCUCAUUUUCCAAAAAGGAGGGUACGUUCCUUUCGGAUUGGGACCACGUCAAUGUAUUGGAAUGCGUCUGGCCUAUAUGGAAGAGAAAAUGCUGCUGGCUCAUAUUCUUAGAAAGUUUACAUUUGUGACUGGAGUCAAAACGGAUAUCCCAUUGAAACUACAGGGAAGGACCACUACUCAACCAGAAAGCGUUUGGAUGCAUUUGAAGCCGAGGCAUUAA